AUGGGAUUGCUCGUCCCAGAGAUCGUUCUCUUCACGGCCUGGGAACAACUGUCGAGAGCACGGGGCUUGGUUCGGUUUCUCAACGAAGAAUUGACCCGACAACAGUCGGCAGGCAAAUUGAAAGACAAAGCUCCCCGCAAAUUCACCUUGAAAUACGGCUUCUUCGUCUGUAAGGGUGGGCUUCGCAUGCCUGCGCCAGAAUUUGCGGGAUCGACACCGCACGUACCUUUGUCACCCUCGGCGAUCAAGCUUCUGGCGCAAAAUGGCAGGUUUCUGCAAAUUGAAGACUCAACCAUCAAGGACCACGGCAAGUCUGACGCCCUCGCAAAGACACUGAUCCGCCUCCAGAUCUUGUGGCUCAUUAUAGAAUGCGUUGCUCGCAAAGUUCAUGGUCUACCUCUAUCUACCCUCGAGAUACACACUUUCGUGCGCGUUGUUUGUUCUCUUGCGGUCUAUAUUUUAUGGCUCCAGAUCAGUAUGGCACAACCUCUCAUUAAAUUGUUCUCAGGUUGGAAGACAGCGUCUUCUGGACUCGGUCCUCGCCAAUAUUACAAACCUCUUGACAUUGGUGAGAGCACCAUAGCCGCUCUGUCGGAAGAUGAUCAUGACUUGAUGAGCUUGCUCGAAGUCUCCACACGAUUCCGGUCAUGGUCAAUCCGUUUCUUUCUCCCGGACCACAAUACGACCUUCAGACUUUCCACGACUCCCACCUGUGAAGUAUGGGGUGACGUCGAUGUGGACUCACUCCCUUCAGCACGUUUCAGCAAACCCUUGAAGACACAUCGAGGUAGAGCCCGGCCGUCGAACCUCGAGCACGGUAUAAGUUCAAAAACAUGGAAGCCAGACCAUUAUCCAUCAGUCAAAGACCUCGAAUGGCAGUUUGACCGUCCUGCGUCGAGCGAGGUCGCAGUGGUCAUGCGCUACAAUGCAAAGACAGAGGGCCAGCAUCGAUUCAAGUACUAUAAAGUCCCCGUGGAUGAGGCCCAUUCCCUCAACCAGGCGACUCUGGGCCGUGCGCUGUUAGCGUUGCAACGACAUCCCGAUCUCGCCAAAAGUAUCUGGCACUGGGAUUGCAACAGUGCAGUUGCGUAA